AUGUACAAGUUCACGGUAAUAUUUUUGUGGGCCUUUUUGGCAUUGGAUCUCCAGGGAUCCCUGACAGGAGCCCAGGAUGGGAGGCGCUACGUAUGCCUGUUGACAGACCCUCCGAAUCAAUGCAGUGAAUAUUGCUUAUCCGCAAUGCAGCCGUGGAUCAAUAACCCUUCAAAUGGGCUUCAGGAUUGGGAUGCCUGCGAUGUGAAGUUAAGUGAAAACCAGGAAACACUAGACCGAAUAGAAGGCCAGCUGACGGCGACUAAGAUCGAAAUGGAGGGCCAGCUGACUUCCCUUCAGGUCAAUUUGACAAAGACUAUACCCCUGGACCUGGGUGAAAGACUGGACAGGAUAGAAGGCAAUCAGCGAGACAUCGAAAGCCAGUUGAAAGCUGCUCAGCUGAAUUUAGAAUGCCAGCUCACAAGCAUAAAGGAAAACCUCUCGCAAAUCGACAGGAAAAUUCAGCUGCAAAGGUAUCAACGGAUUGGAUCGCGGUACUUCUACAUCGAACACAAUCAUAGAGCUACCUGGGAAAAUGCAGAAUUGAUGUGUAAUGAGAUUGGCGGACAUUUGGCAUCUUUCAAAAAUCAGGAAGAAUACAAAGUUAUAGCUGACCAACUAUCGCCUAGAACACUUUACUGGACGGGCAUCAACGACCUCGCCCAGCAGGGGAAGUUCAUAUCGAAGGCCUCCGGAAAGCCAGCCACGUACUUAAAAUGGCUUGCCGACGAGCCCAAUUAUUGCAAGUAUAACUUUGAUGAUAACCACUGUGUUGAAAUCCAUGGAAAUGUCAAAGAAAUGAUAGUUAAUUCUUGCAGUCAAGUAGCCUUGUAUUACAUCUGCCAGGCAGACGAUGAAGUUUAACGAAGUAAAAGUAAGAUAAAGUGUCAUUGAGCCUUUGAC